CCGGUUAUUUUAUUUUAAAAGAUAAAUUAUAAGCCGUAAAAAUGCAAAAAACAUUAAUUGCACUGUUUUUACUACCGGCCGUGUUAGUUGAUGUUAAUGCAUUUGAACCAUUUACAGCAGCGAGAAAAGUUUUGGAAGAAAUUGCACAAUUAAGCAAGACUGCAUACAGUUUUUUUCCAGAAACAUGCCAUGACUCGUGGAUUAAUUUCAAUUCAACAGGGCUCCAAGUCGACCUUGAGCAGAAGCUCUUCGGGCAGCACAUAGCGUCAAAGGUUUUACUGAAGGCAGUUACCGACUUUGUAAACAACAAGAAUCCCAAAAAGCCUCUUGUCCUUUCACUCAAUGGAUUGGUGGGAACUGGGAAGAGCUUCGUCAGCCAACUCAUAGCCUCCAGUAUCUACAAAAAAGGAAUGUCCAGCAGCUUUGUGCACCAGUUCGUGGCCACUGUUAACUUUCCACUUUCAAGUGAAAUUGACACCUACAAAACCCAGCUGCAGCAGUGGAUCAAAGGGAAUGUGUUCAAGUGUGCUCGCUCUAUGUUUAUAUUUGAUGAAAUGGACAAGAUGCCCACUGGACUUAUUGACAGCAUUAAGCCAUUCCUGGAUUACUAUGACAACCUGGGUGGUGUGUCCUAUAGACAAGCUAUUUUCAUUUUUCUUAGUCAUGCAGGUGGAGAGAGAAUUCAGCAGGUUGCCUUUGAAUUUUGGAAAAAUGGAAAAGAACGGGAAGAAAUUCAGCUGUCAGACCUAGAAGAAAAUGUGCCUCUUGAGGUGUUCAACAACAAGUACAGUGGCAUGUGGCACAGCAGCCUGAUUGAUAAUUACCUGAUUGAUUUCUUCAUCCCAUUCCUACCUCUGGAAUACAGACACGUCCGCAUGUGUGCCCUGGCAGAGAUGGCCAUUCAGAACAUGGAACCAGACGAAGACAUUGCAGAUAAAGUUGCCAAAGACAUGGUGUACAGCCCAGAAGAGGAGAGGGUAUUCUCCUCUAAGGGCUGCAAAACCAUUGCAAGCAAGCUGGUUUACUACAAGUAGAGCAGUUGGCUGAAAAGACAAAAAGACAAGAGUAAUGAUAUGCGUUUACAUUUGGCUUCUCACUUGAAUGAUGCAGAUUUGCCACAUCUGAAGAUCUGUGUGACAAAUAGAGAGGCCAGUUGACCUUGGACCCCUAAUAUUUUUUUUUUCUCCUUGGGAGUUUUUGGUUCCUCUCCUCCAUUGUUGUCUGGCUUUCUUUAAUUUCUUUCCUUCCUUUUUCCCGUUCUGUGUUACUACAUCUCUCUAAUGAUGUUUAAUGUAUCACAACAUAUCAUGUAACAUGUAAAGUGCCUAUAUAAAAAGGCACUAUGAAAAAAUUAAUUGAAUAUUUUUUUUCUUAUAUUUUUCUUAAAAUAUAAACUAAACAAUGUGAGUGGUGCUGAGACAUUUAUCUGCACUCACAUUUUAUGCAAGAAAUUAACAUGAUCUUUUACACAGAUAAUAUUUCUUAGUCAUUUUUCAUUUAUCUUUCUGAAGCCAAUAUCACUCCACCAGAGCAGUAUGGUAUCAGAUUUCUUAGUGAUUUUAGUGAAAUUCAGUUUGUGCUACAAUUGACUAUACUUAUCCAUUAAAAAGAGAAACACUCAGGUUUCAGACUCCAGUGCAGCAGAAGCAACUGCUCGCUGUAAAUUGUGCUAAGCUGACUAAAAAAAAACUCUAAUUAGUUUUUUAUUAUGCCAUUUUACAAUCAAACCUGAAGAUAUUCACAACCUCCUGUAAUUUGACAUAAA